AUGGUUAAAUUCCUGAAGCAGAACAAAGCGGUGAUCCUCCUCCAAGGUCGCUACGCCGGGAAGAAGGCCGUGAUCAUCAAAUCGUUCGACGACGGAUCCCGCGACCGUCCCUACGGACACUGCCUCGUCGCCGGUCUGAAGAAGUACCCGAGCAAGGUCAUCCGCAAGGACUCGGCGAAGAAGACGGCGAAGAAGUCCCGCGUCAAAUGUUUCAUCAAGCUCGUGAACUACCAGCAUCUGAUGCCCACUCGCUACACGCUCGACGUGGAUCUGAAGGAUGUCGCGACGAUCGACGCGCUUCAGUCCAAGGAUAAGAAGGUCGCUGCGCUUAAGGAAGCCAAGGCUAAGCUCGAGGAGCGUUUCAAGACUGGCAAGAACAGGUGGUUCUUCACCAAGCUCAGAAAAAUCUCCCAGACAUUGCAUUUCUCCGUCGCCCUCAGAUUCCUCUCCUCCGUUUCUCCGACUCCUCUCCUCCGUCUGAUUCCACCUUCUUCUUCCCCGGAACCGAACUCUUUAUACCGUAAUUUUAAUCAAGUUUUAUUCCGAACCGAUCCCACCCCCCGUAACCAACCCGGUCACAACCUCCAAACCAAAAAGGCUUCUCUAAGAAUGGAUUCGGAUUUGGAGCCUGUAGCUCUCACACCACAGAAGCAAGACAGUGCGUGGAAGCACUGUCUAGUCUACAAAUACGGAGAUCGAGUCCAGAUGAGAUGUCUCUACUGCCGGAAAAUGUUCAAAGGCGGCGGAAUCACCAGAGUCAAGGAGCAUCUCGCCGGCAAAAAGGGGCAAGGAACGAUCUGCGAUCAAGUCCCCGAGGAAGUACGUCUGUUUCUGCAGCAGUGUAUCGAUGGCACUGUGAGACGUCAGAGGAAGAGACGGAAAUCGAGCCCUGAGCCGUUGCCUAUAGCUUAUUUCCCUCCUGGUGAUGAAUUAGAGACGACGACGACGACUCAGAUCGUUCCUGCUGGUCCUUCCGAUGCCGACGAUAACGGAUUCAAAUCGCCGGAGUUAGUAGCUGGUCAGAGCUCGGGGAGGACGAAGCAGAGGACUUACAGGAGUAGGAAGAACAGUAACAACAAUGCUGCUUUCGAUCGGAGUGAUUUGGCGAAUGUUGAAGUCGGCGACGGCGAUCUGAUGGAGAAUCUGAUCCCGGUGGCGAUUAGUAGCGUGAAGAACAUUGUUCAUCCGUCGUCGAAAGAGCGGGAGAAGACGGUUCACAUGGCGAUCGGACGGUUUCUGUUCGACAUCGGAGCUGAUUUCGACGCGGUGAGUUCUGUUAAUUUCCAGCCGUUGUUCGACGCGAUCGUCUCCGGAGGAUUCGGUGUUUCAAUUCCUAAUCAUGAAGACCUCAGAGGCUGGGUUUUGAAGAGCUGCGUGGAGGAGAUGAAGAACGAAAUCGAUGAAUGCAAGUUGCUGUGGAAGAAGACUGGCUGCUCCGUUCUAGUCCAGGAAUUGAGCUCUAACGAAGCCACAAAGGUUCUUAACUUCUUCGUUUACUCGCCGGAGAAAGUAGUCUUCUUGAAAUCCGUUGACGCGUCGGAGAUAUUAGCUUCUUCUUCUGAUGGUGAUGUUGAUGAUGAUGAUAAGUUGUACGAGUUGCUUAAGGAGGUGGUUGAAGAAGUCGGAGAGACGAGCGUCGUUCAAGUGAUCACCAAAUGCGAAGAUCAUUACGUUUCUGCAGGGAAGAAGCUGAUGGAUGUGUAUCGUAGUCUUUACUGGGUUCCUUGUGCUGCGCAUUGCCUUGAGAAGAUGCUCGAAGAGUUUGGGAAGAUUGAUUGGAUAAGCGAUAUCAUAGAACAAGCACGAACCGUCACAAGAAUCAUAUACAAUCACAGUGACGUCUUGAAUCUCAUGAGGAGAUUCACUUUCGGCAACGACAUUGUGCUUCCGGGAUUCACCGUCUCCGCUACGAACUUCGCAACGAUGGCGAGAUUCGCUGAUUUGAAGCCUCAUUUGCAGUCUAUGGUCACUUCCUCCGAGUGGAACGAAUGUCCCUACUCGAAGGAAGCUGGUGGGUUAGCGAUGGCAGAGACUAUCAGCGACGAGAGUUUCUGGAAGGCGUUGACGUUGGCGAACAACAUUACGGUUCCUCUUUUACGUGUUUUGAAGAUCGUUUGCUCUGAGAAGAGGCCUGCGAUGGGGUACGUCUACGCAGGACUGUACCGAGCGAAAGAAGCGAUCAAGACGCAUUUGGUUCACAGGGAGGAUUACAUAAUCUACUGGAAGAUUAUAGACAAGUGGUGGUUGCAGCAGCAUCGUCUUCCUCUGCACGCUGCUGGUUUCUACCUUAACCCGAAGUUCUUCUACAGUAUUGAUGAAGAGAUGCGUAGUGAGAUCCAUUUAGCUGUGGUUGAUUGCAUUGAGAAGCUUGUCCCUGACGUGAACGUGCAAGAUGUAAUCGUCAAGGACAUAAACUCGUACAAGAAUGCCGGCGGGAUUUUCGGGAGGAACUUAGCUAUCAGAGCUCGUGACACAAUGCUUCCUGCUGAGUGGUGGUCUACGUAUGGAGAAAGCUGCUUGAACCUUUCAAGGUUUGCGAUACGGAUUCUGAGUCAGACAUGCAGCUCGUUGGUUGGCUCUGGGAGGAAUCUGACGCCGGUCAAGCAAGUUUAUGAGACGAAGAACUCUAUUGAGAGGCAACGGCUCAGCGAUCUUGUGUUUGUUCAGUAUAAUAUGCGUCUCAGACGACUGGGUGUGGAGAGCGGAGAUGAGAUUGUAGACCCGUUAUCGUACAGCAACAUGGAAGUGCUUGAAGAUUGGGUUUCGAGAAACCAAGUUUGUAUAGAAGGAAAUGGAAGCUCAGACUGGAAGUCGCUCGAGCCGGUUAAGAGGACGGAGGAAAUAGCGGUUAUCGACGAAACAGAGGACUUGGGUUCAGGUUUUGAUGAUGCAGAGAUAUUCAAGGGGGAAAAAGAAGUGAGUGAUGAAGGUUAUUACACAAACAUAUCGGAGAAGCUGUUCACGUGA